GGGCGGCUGGCAGCGCGGCGAGGAGCCGGGCGAGGCGGCGGCCACGCUGGACCAGCUCUACGGGGGGAUCACGGCGCUGCUGGAGGAGGGCCUGCCUGGCUGGUCUGAUUGGUCGGAAGAGGAGCGAGCCCGCCACGGUGGAAGGGGGGCGACCCCGAAGUUCGCGCAGCAGAAGGGCCUGGCCCGCAAGCUGAGAGCGGCGGGGCAGCUCACCUUCGACGAGCUGUGUGCCCUGGAGGACUGCGCGCGCCGAGCGGCCCGAGCAUUCGACGCGAGGGCGGCCGCGGCUCGAACCGAGGCUUGGAAAAGGAUGGGCGUCGUCAGCGGUGCGAGACGGAGCAGGAGCAGCACGUGGUUCCUGUCUUGCCUGCGGGGCUGGGCGGCCGACGUGGCCGAGCGCGGUCUGCCAGCAGGAGUGGCAGGACCCCUGAGGGCGCUGAUGGAGUACCAGCAGGUGUGGCUCCACGGGAAAGAGAGCUUCAGCAUCGAGGCGCCGACGCCGCUGGAGAUCUUGGACGCGGCGGGAAGCUUCAUGAAGGCGGCUGCGGUUGGCAUCGACUGCAUCAGGCCGCACCACUUCAGCGGGCUCUCCGAGCACGGGCUCCUGGCCCUCAGUUUGCUGCGGCACCGCAUCGAGAUGGAGACGGCCUUCCCGCGUCAGAUCGCGGGUCCGACGCUGCGGCGGAAGCGAGGAGAGGGC